UGUCUUUAUUUCUUCAGUUUCAGGCUUCUCCAGUAUGCUCACCCUCUAACGCCUGAGACUCUGAGAGCUCAAUCUAUUUCGCCGUCGUUGCAACGUUCUCAGCUUCGAUCAUCUACACUGUGCGUACUAUUAGCAUCACCGCCUCCAUCUGAUCCGUCGCUCAUCUCUCUCGUUGUCUAUUAGAAUCCUGAUUGAAUUUCACCUUGAAAGAUGACAGCUUUGAAAGGUUACGGCUUGAUUUCCGUUGACUCUGCCCUCCAUUUCCCUCGUCCACAUCAACUCGAGGGCUACAAGAGAAAGAAUGCGAGAUGGGUCUCUCCAAAAGCAGCUGUAGUACCAAACUUCCAUCUCCCUAUGCGCAGUCUCGAAGACAAAAACAGGACAAACACAGAAGACAUAAGAUCCCUUAGAGUGAUCACAGCCAUCAAAACACCGUAUCUCCCCGACGGUAGAUUCGACCUCGAAGCAUACGACGAGCUAGUCAACACACAGAUACUCAAAGGCGCUGAAGGCGUGAUCGUCGGCGGCACAACCGGGGAAGGCCAGCUGAUGAGCUGGGACGAACACAUAAUGCUCAUAGGCCACACCGUGAACUGUUUCGGCGCAAGGAUCAAAGUCAUUGGGAACACCGGAAGCAACUCCACCAGGGAAGCUAUACACGCCACCGAGCAAGGGUUCGCUGUGGGGAUGCACGCCGCUCUCCACAUCAACCCUUACUACGGGAAAACAUCUGUAGAAGGCAUGACUGCUCAUUUUCAAACCGUGCUUCACAUGGGACCGACGAUUAUAUACAAUGUCCCGGGUCGUACGAAUCAAGAUAUACCUCCGCAGGUUAUCUUUAAACUCUCUAGGAACGUUAAUCUAGCUGGUGUUAAGGAGUGUGUGGGUAAUGAACGUGUUGAGGAGUAUACUGAGAAGGGUAUUGUUGUGUGGAGUGGGAAUGAUGAUCAGUGUCAUGACUCUAGAUGGGAUCAUGGGGGGACUGGAGUUAUAUCGGUUGUUAGCAACUUGGUUCCGGGUUUGGUUAGGAAACUUAUGUUUGAAGGUAGAAACUCUGAGUUGAACGCAAAGGUUAUGCCUUUGGUGGAUUGGGUGUUCCAGGAACCGAAUCCUAUUGGGGUUAACACAGCUUUGGCUCAGCUUGGAGUUGCUAGGCCGGUGUUUAGGUUACCUUAUGUGCCGUUGCCUGUGUCCAAAAGGGUUGAGUUUGUUAAACUUGUGGAGGAGAUUGGAAGGGAGCAUUUUGUAGGGGAGAGGGAUGUUCAGGUGCUUGAUGAUGAUGACUUCAUAUUAAUCGGUCGGUACUAGUUAUGUUUUUUCCUUGAAGAUUGGUUCUGUUUAUAGUUUCUCUUUGGCUGAUGAGAAACUUAGAGAUGGAUCAUAUAGUUGCUCUGUUCUGUUGCUUUUGUGAUGGAUCUGGUUGUGUUUUUUUAACUUGCUAUCUUUUAUAUG